GUACACUCAGCCAACAGUUGGGAAAAGGUGGAGCUAGGUGAUGAUGAUCGCAAGAAGAAAUUCCUAAGACUUAUGGGAGCAGCAAAGACACAGCACCAGGGCAGAUUUAUUAUUGGAGAUCAAGAUAAAUCUCAUGGAAGAACAACAAAUGACACAGAGGCCAUGACAAGCAAUCUAGAGAAGCAGUUCACAGGUGGCUUGGAACAUAAGUUUGCUGGAGGACCAAGAUCUCACAUAGGACUUGGAUUUCAUGGUAGUGAUUCCAAAGUGAAAGAUUCAGUAGAAAAGUCAGAAGACAAAGGAGAAACAAAAGAAGAGACUAAAGAAGAGAAAGUUGAACCAGAUUCAUCAGAGGAAAAAGGAAAACAGGACUUGAAAAGUGGCAUUGCUCCAAAACAUAAACUAGAAGAAAGCUCCAAAGAUGAUGAUAAGGACAAACCACAAAUCAAAAUGAUGAAAUUUGUCAAAUCUAGCUCCUGAAAGUCUCAAAAUUCAAAUUUUGAUGUGUAGCAGCAUUUGAAAUGUGCAGUAAUGUCUUGUUAAAAUAAAAAAUAAUUAAUUGAAAGUCUCAGAACAAGGUCUUGACAAAUGAGUAUAUGGUUAAUUUCUAAUCUUAGAUAGACUAUUUUAAAUAUUAUGAAGUGUUUUAAAUAAGAAUUGAUUAGGUAUGUCAUAAUUGUCUUCACCGAGUCCAGAUUAUCAUCUUCAUGAAAUAACAUUCUAGAAAUGUUUACAUUAUAAAAUCAUUUCAAUGAAAUUCAUUUUAUGUAUGAGUUCAUGGUUAUACCAAUGCUUGUCAUUACCACAUUGCUGUUCAUGGUUUUAUCUAAUAUGAAUUGUGUUUCACUUGUUAUACUAGUUUAAUAGUAAAUAAACUCUUUUUGGCUGUAUAACAUCCUACUCAUAAAAAUUAAAAUGUCAGACAUUUGA